AAGCACAUUCCAUCCUCUAUAUUCCCAACAUGUCUGCCACAUACGCUUGGAUUUUUGUGCUCUGCUUGGGCUUUGCUCUGGGCAACGCUGCUAUAAUACAAGGUCAGGAGGCUGCGGUCGGACCACCGCCAAAUCUGGCCCAGGAUCUAACGGAUAUCUAUGGCCAAAUACAGUUUAAGCCCAUGCAGAAGCUGUUUGUGCGCUACCUGCUGAACGAUGGACAGUUCCAGGCUUUCGUGCGCAUCUUGAACAGCAAUGCGGGCUUCACGGCCUACUGGCGCCUGCUCGCCCAGCCGGAGGUGCUGCUGUUCCGGCAGUGGGUGGAUCAACAGCUGUUGGCUUCCUCGGGCAAGUUCGAGCUGGAACCAGUGGAAGUGUGCACCUCACUGCUGAAUCGCUAUCCGUACCUAUCGGGCACCGUCUUCGGCUGGCAGGGAUUCCUCAAUGAGCUGGAGAUGUAUUUCCCACUUUAUGCCAUCAACGCCCAAGUGCAGCUUAAGGUGCAGCAAGGCGGCAUCUUUGCGCAGUUCUAUCAGCGUUUGAGCGCCCUGAAGGUCGUCUACGAGCGUUGGCUGGCCACGCCCAGCACCCAGACGGUGUUUAACCAGCUCCAAGCAGAGGGCAUUGACACUGUCCAGCUGGACGCGAUUGUGCGGGAUCUAUUUGGCUGGCAGGUAACCAAUACAACAGCCGCAACACUCACACCCACGCCAACUGUUCCAGAUGGUGCUGUGAUGAUGCCUGGAGCUCCACUAGUCCUUUAAUGCCUAGUAUAGGGCGUAAUCCCUGCUC